AAGCGCUGAGGGGCACGCGCGCGGCCGCGCGGCGGCUCCGUGACGUAUGUGAUGACGUCAGGUCGACGUCACGGAGCAUCGACGACGACAUGCCCGGUGUGCCGGCCGGCCCGGUGACGUCACGGGUGCCCGGGGGAGCCGCCAUGGCAGGCGCCCCCCGUGGCACCGCACAGCCGCGGCAGAGCCCGGAGCAGCGGCGAGCCGCCGACAUCAUCCGCCUGCUGACGCUCUACCGGCCCCUGCUCGACGCCUUCGUCAUUGAUUUCUUCACCGAGGAUCUGUGGGCCCAGCUUCCCCCAGCCUGGCAGCCCGUCCUGGCCGGUGCCACCCCGGUGCAGCUGGCCGGGCUCCUGGGGGGCCGGGGGGGCCCGGGGGCCGCCUGGCCGCUGUCUCUGCUGGCCUUUGGGGCCACUGCCCGUGCCCUGGCCUUCCCCCGGGGGUGCCCGGGAGCGUCCCUGCGCCCUCCGUGCCAGAGCUCCGGGCUGCCCCCGCUGCUGCGCCGCCACGUCAAACCCAAAAAGCAACACGAGAUCCAGCGCCUGGGCAAGCUGCUGCGGCGGCUGAGCCGUGCCACCGGCUGCGAGCACGUGGUGGACGUUGGAGCGGGGCAGGGCCACCUGUCCCGGCUGCUGGCCUUUGGCCUGGGGCUCAGGGUCACUGCAGUGGAGAGCGACGCCCGCCUGGUGGGCCUGGCCGAGCGCUUUGACCAGGAGCUGCUGCGGGAGCUGGCCAAAACCAGGGGGCUGGCACACAGGAGACCCCUCCCGUGUCCCCUCACCCCUCGUGCCCCCCGGCACGUGGCCGGCCGCCUGGACCCUGCAGCUCCCUGGGGGGAGUUCCUGCUGCCCCCCGACCCCCCGGGAGCCGGCCCCGCUGCCCUGAACCCGCUGGGGGGCCCGGGGGGCUCUGAGGACGGAGGGAGGGUGCUGCUGACGGGGCUCCACGCCUGCGGGGAUCUCGGCCCUGCCCUGCUGUGCCACUUUGCCCGCAGCCCUGCCGUGGCUGCCGUGGCCUUGGUGGGCUGCUGCUACAUGAAGCUGUCGAGCGCCCCGCAGCAGCCCCCUGGCUACCCCCUGAGCGCCUCGGUGGCGGCAUUGCCGGGCCACCAGCUGUCCUACCGGGCACGGGAGGCCGCGUGCCAUGCGCUGGAGGAGUACCAGGGCCGGCUGCGAGGGGGCGGUGCCCACCUGCGUGCCCACUGCUACCGCGCCGUGCUCGAGAGCCUGAUCCGCGCCGCCGAGCCCGGCAAGAGGCACCUCGGCCUGCAGCCCGGCAGGAAGGCACACACCCUCAGCUUCCCCCAAUACGCCCAGCUGGGGCUGCCCCUUGCGGGACUGGACCCAGUGGGGGUCCCACUGGACUCAGAAGCCGUGGGGGCCAUGCUGGAGCAGCAGCACAAGGUGGUGGCGUUCUACACCCUGGGGCAGCUCCUGGCACCCGUCGUGGAGACCCUCAUCCUGCUCGACCGGCUGCUCUACCUGCGGGAGCAAGGUUUCCACUGUGCCCUCGUGCCCCUCUUCAACCCUCGGUUCUCCCCGCGGAACUUUGUGCUGGUGGCCGCACGGACCCCGCUGGCCACAGCACUGGCUGGGCUGGCCAAGGACAGUGAGGAUGGGCACAGCAGCGAGGAUGAGGAUGUGGAGGAAGCAGAGUCCACCAUGGAGAGGCAGAGCCCCAAAUAAACCCAGGAUUUGUACACUCCA